UAAUUUAUAUUCUAUGGUCAGUUUUCCUUAACCUAUAAUUGAUUUUUGAAAGUAGUAAAAAAUCAAAAUUUCCUAAAUAUAAUAUUAAUGGAAUGAGUGAAGUUGAUGGAGAGCCUCUAUGUUGUUGUGAAUAUUAUGAUAAAGAUAAAAAUCGUAGUCACCUCUUGACAUUAUGUUGUUUAUGUGAAGAUUUGGAUGAAGGAUUUGAAAGUUUCAUAACAGGUAGAGGAUUCCCCCAGAAUAGACGGCAAAAAUUUAUGGCAACUUUACAGGAUCGAUUAAGAAUACCUUGGAGAGGUGGUGCAAAAAUAAUUGGAAUAGAUGUUAUUCUUCCAAUUAUUAUCUUGCCUAUAAUUUUCAUCAUAGCUGCCCAAAGUGUAUGGUGGACAAUUUUCUCUUUCUCCACAAUAACUGUGUUUUUACUUUAUAUCUUCAGAGUUCUCCUACAAAUUGCACCAAAAACUAAAUUUUUCUUUACUUGGACUAUAACUUCUAUAGUCCUUCUAUAUAUUAUUUUUGAAUUUGUUGUGAUACCUUUAUUAGAAAUACUUUUAGAAGAGAAUAUUGCACUGAGUAUAUUAAUUGCUGCAUUUCUAUUUUGCCUCUAUACAUUGAGGAAUAGAGCUAAUCAAUAUCAUAAGUUUCAAGAUGAAACUGAAACACUCAAUAGACCAGGAACAAGAUUUUAUAAUUGUUCUAUUUGUCACACUACAGUGCCUGACAAGGAUCAUCAUUGCAUUUGGUAUGACUGUUGCAUCUCUAAGAAAAACCAAUUCUUAUUCAUACUAUCCCUGUUUUUUGCUGCUGCAGCACUUUUAUACAGUUCUAAUUUAACUUUAACUUCAGUCUGUCAUCCUUUCAAACUAUAUGAAACUAUUCUAUUACCAGAUGAUUGUUCAGAAGUUUACCAAGCGUUCGAAUUAGGCAUUUCCUUUGUAUCAGCAAUAUACAGUAUUGCUUUAGCAAUUAUCAUUCUUAUGAUAUUAAUGCAACAAAUAUUUUUGGUGUCUAUUGGUCUGACUAGAAAAGAAUGGAACAAGCUGCCCUUAUCAUCCAAGUGUUUACUCGGAUUAACAAGUCGUAGAUCACAUAAUAGAGGAUUUAUCAAAAAUUGGACUCGAAUUAUUUAUUGGACUGAACCAAGUUACAGUAUUGUUAGUCAGACAUAAGGCUAUUGAUUCCUAAAGAAUAUAUUUUAUAAUAAACUGCACUAUUUUUCUAAAAUAUUGUUGUGAUGUAAUAGGAAUUUUAUUUUUAUAAUCUAGUUGCAAUAAAUCAAUUAAAGGUU